CUACUGAGGCACUAAAUCAAAGUCUUCAGGCAAUGCAUACAGCUGGGUGCUUAAGUCUAGCUGACAUUGUGGAAGAUAUUAAGACAGCUGUAAAAAAUAAAGUUCCUCUUGUACGGUCAUCAACUCUUAACUGGGUAACAUUCUGUAUUGAAACAAGUAACAAGGCUGUUAUUUUAAAGGUGCACAAGGACUCUGUGCCUAUCCUUAUGGAGUGCCUCAAUGAUGGGACUCCAGAUGUGAGGGAUGCAGCCUUUUCAGCUUUGGCAGCGAUAGCUAAGUUGGUUGGUAUGAGACCCUUGGAGCGGUCACUUGAGAAACUUGAUGAUGUUAGAAGAAAGAAGCUUUCUGAAAUGAUUUCAGGUUCUGAAGGUGGCACAUCCACCAAUACAAGCUCAAGUUUGUAAUAUCUUUAUAGCAUC